AUGAAGCUCCUCACCCUCAACUUCCUGACCUGCGCCCGUAAGGCCUGCAAAUCGAGCCCGGCAGCGUUCCCCCUCCACCCGCGCGACGCCGAGCUCGAGGUCGUUGAAACAGACCUGAAUCCGCUGUUCAUUCGUAACAUCCUGCCUCGCCUGGAGUGGGAUGCCCUGCGAACCCUUGCCUCGGAGCUCGGUCUCCCAACCCUCCCCGAGAUGGCGCCAGAGUCCGAGGCGCUCGGAAUUGCGACUGCGGACGAGGCAGAGGAGCCGAACCAGCUGCUGAAGGAUCUGCACAACCUGCUUCUCGAAACCACUAUAUCAUCCGGCAAGCUGGUGUGCGCCAACUGCGGGCACGAGUAUGCGAUCAAAGAGGGCAUUGCCAACUUUUUGCUACCCAGCCACCUGGUUUGA